AUGAAAACACCAGACGGAGAGGAACCGUUGUUAACAUCGUCUUCUGCCGAGUACGGAGCGGCUUCGAGAGAUGAAGUGCGCGAGAAUAAAAACACCCCCAAACUGCUUCAAAGCUCGAAAGAAGCGAACUCGACGACGACGACGGGAAUGUUAUUCUUCCAAUCGUUCGACGACCAACACCCGGCGAUUUUCUGGGACAACUUUUCCACCGCCAUGUGGCUCAUCACGGAUAUUUUGUGGACGGAAAAUAACUCGUUGGCGGUAUGCAUAGCCCCAUUCGUGGUGGUUGGAUACGCCAAAGCGUUCUUUUCGUUUCAAGGCGAAUGGGAGAGAUACGCGAUUGACUUGGCGAGGACGAUGGCGUUGUGUUUUUGGAUUUUAGCGAACACGGUGUGGUUGUUUCAGGAACUCACGGAGGAGAAGAGAAGGACUAGGGUAGACGCGACGUUUAUGAUGCCGUAUAAUGCCGGGGUCAUUUUGACUUUAUUGGCGAUGACGGUGGUGAUUGAACCCGGGAUAUUUCUUUAUUAUCGCUCGCGAGGGAUUAAUUGCUUCGAAAUGAAUACGGUUUUAAAGCCUAUAGGGAACAUGGGGAUUACAUUUUGGGCGGCGAAGGACUUUGCGUGGUACUUGGCGGAUGAGGAGAUGUUGAGAGAAGAGUAUAGAUGGAUUCCAAAAGUUGCAUGGGUGAUAGCGGACGGGACGAUCAUGUUUCAGUUGUUCCCGCUUUUCUUUAAAGCGUUGCAAGGGUGGGGGAUAUUUUCGUGUUUUAGCAACUACGCUUCGUACAAGCAAAAACAGAAGACGUUUAUGAGACGAUUUGCGCACGUCAUCGAUGAGCUAGCCAUGACGUCCUGGGCUGUAUCCAUGACGUUGUGGUCUUUUGGAGAGAUUUUUAUGCCGGAGGAUACGUUCGCGCAAAAAUUAGCCAAACAGCCUACUUAUCCGAAUUUAAGGUGGUGGUGUGGACACGUCUUGAUUUUCGGUGGAUUUCCGUUUUUCGUGAAAACGGCGAUGGAGGUAUUCAUGGAGAUGAGCUGCACGGCGAAAAGCCACCGCCGCCGAACGGUUGCCUUGGAUACAUAA